AUGGGUCCCUUCACAACCUCAUCAGUCAUCCCGCUCGCGGCAGCAGUUGCUGCGGCCUACUGCAUAAUUGGCCUUCAGAAGCAAAAUGGCUUGUUUGACAUGCUGAACACGCUCGCGGAAGAGCACCCGACGCGUCUGCCUGACUCUGAUGUCGACGGGGCGCUCAUCGAUGUAGGGGAUUCGGGGUUUGGCAAAUUCCUACUCGUCCUCGUCCGCUUUUUCUACCCCAUCAUGACGGGCGAAAGCCCUCGCCUGUCUCUGUUUAGCUUUUGGUUUGCUGGCCAAGUCAUCUCCAUGCACACGCUGCUGGUGCUCGAAGGCCUGCGCGAGGGCAACCGCGGCAGGAUGAUUUCCUACACGGUCAUCUGGGGAGUCCUGUACCAGCUCGUCCCGUUCGGCGUCACCAUAAGUAUAUGGGUUGCCGUUUGGAUGUGGACAUCGCCCAUAGCCAAGCUGUCUGCCGCAACUCCCCAGCCCGUCCUCCGCAAGGCCCUUGGCAUCGGUAACGCCGACUUGUCCGUCGUCAUCCACUCGAUCGUCUGGGGUUUCGUCAUCCCGACGGUCCUGCUAGGCCUACCAUCGUCGUCGCCCCAGAUUACUCAGCGCUACAUCAUCAUUUGGCAAUUCUUCCCCAUCUACGUCAGCUUUGCUCGCUUCGUCUUCUCCAACGCCCUCCAAUUCCUUGGUGUGGACAACUCGGUGCCGGCUCCUCCGCCCGCCGACCCCAAGAAGCCCGGACCCAGCCUGACCAAACGCCUCCGCGCCGUCUACUUUCCCGCCCUGGUCAUGACGGCCGCCGUGCACACCCUGACGCUCAUGUGGGUCUUUUUCCCGGACAUGCGGCCGGCGAUGCUCGAGGGUGCAUCGAUCGAUUUUGUCGACGUUUUCAAGCCCACUUCACGCCCGGGCUACGUCGUGCCCAUCUCAACCGCCGCCGACGGUGUGCUUAACCUCCUCCACUACGACAUGUACUUUGGCGGCGCUGCAGUGCUGUACUGGGCCGCUCAGAUGUACUGGGCUUCGACGAACGCGCCGAGCAUGGCUAGCGUCUUGACAGUGUUGGUGGGCCCCGGGGGUGCGGCUCUGGCUUUGGUCUGGAGGCGGGACGAGCAGUUGUUGGUGGAUCUGCCUGAAGCGUCCAAAAAGGACGACUAA